UUUAUUUUUAAUUUGAGACUUAGUCAAAUCACUGUUGAUUAUUAUGAGUAUAAAUUAUAUAAUAUCGCAUACCGCAAAACGACUAAACCAGUAAAACACUUACGUUUACAGUUUACAUACUAUUAAAUUUCUUGGAAUUAUUAGAAAAUAUGUUUAUUUUAAAAGUUUAUCACAGUUUGUAGUUUAAUGUUGUGUAUUUUUAAUUAAUUGUUCAUUAACAUGAUAAUACACCUCGUAAAACAUGUAAAUACAUUUUAAUACAAUUAUUUAGCUAUAUAACGACCAAUUGACAAGCUAAUUUCUCAGAAACAAAAGCUCUUUGUUUUUAAUAAUUGAGAUCAGUUUUAAUGGAAUCCGUUAAUAAGCUGAUUCGACAAUUAAAAUGCAGAGGAGAAAAUUUUGUCACUGGCCAUGAAAAAUUAACACUCAAUACAGAAAUUCUUCAUAUUAUUAUCACAAGAGUAUUAUCAUCACUUCACAAUGAUCAUAUUUUAAAUCAUCACUAUUUAUCUGAAAUUCUAAAAAAAGUUGCAAAGUUGAAAUUACUUAAAUCGUCUAAUUUUGAUCUUAAUCAGUCUAUUGAACUUUCUCCUUUUCAUAAUCUAGUUUAUUUAGAACUUUAUGAUAUAGAUAUAGAAUGGUUGAUAGGUUUAAAUUAUGAAAAAAUUGAAGUUUUAAUUAUUUAUGGUCCAUUAAAAUCUUUAGCUGUGUUGUUAAAUAAAAAAUGGACUAACCUAAAGUAUUUAGCACUUAGAGGAACCCAUCUUGGAGAAUUAGAUAGGUCAAUAUUAUUAGCCCCUUAUCUUACAUAUUUAGAAGCACCAAGAAACUUAUUAACUGAAGUCAAAAAUAUUGAAAAACUGGAAUAUUUAGACAUUUUAAAUUUAAGCAUAAAUAGGCUGACUCAAGUACCAAUAUUAACUGAUUAUGGAGCUAUAAAUUUAACUGUAUUAAUACUGAGUUAUAAUUGCAUUAACAAUUUAACAGGUUUAUAUAAAUUGACAAAUUUAAAAGUAUUGGAUUUGUCAAAUAACAUGAUUGUACAUCAUGAAUUAAUAUCAGCAGUUGGCGACAUGGCUAUUUUAAAAUAUUUAAAUUUAAGCCACAAUCCUAUAAGUUAUAUAAAAAAUCAUAGAGAAAUAACUUGUGGUUAUCUCCAUGAAAAUGCAGCUGUUGAACUUUUUGAACUUGACAAUCAACUACUUUCAAAAUCAGAAAAACAAUUUGUUGGACAGUCUUCCAGAUCAUUAGAUCUGUCAUUUUUACAUUAUCAACAGCCUCCUGCAAGUGUUAAAGCCAAAAAAAUAAGAUCUCCUGUUAUUGAAGACCAUAAAUGGGAAAAAUGUUGCGUUAUUCAAACUCCUGUACUGCCAACAACUUCAAAAAAAGAAAUUUUAAAGUCGGAACAUUUAACUACAAAAAAAAAAAUUGAAAAUGUACGAGAAAUGUUUGGAGAAGAUAAUUGGUUACAUAGUAAUGCUGGAAGUUAUGUUCAAGAUAUUUUGGGUAUCAAACAGCAGUCAGAAAAUGGAUCUUUUUCUGAAGAAGUUCCUGUAGAACAAAUUAUUGAAGACAGUAAUUCAAAAUCUAAUGAUUUUACUGAUAACGAAGAAUGUAUUAUAUUAAAUAAUGAAUCUCAUUUAGAAAUGGAUGUUGAGCCAGAAAUUGUUCAAACAUUAAUAGUUAACUCAAAUCCAGAAUAUUAUAUGUUAAACAAAAAUGAAGAAACUUUAAGAUUAUCAGAAAAUUAUUGGCGAGUUCAAAAUAUUGAUGUGAUAACAAACGAAUAUUCCAAUAUUUUAUUAUUAAAACCUCACUAA